UCUCUCCCCCCUUCGGCCCCGCCCGCCGCCGAGGUGGGUAGCAACAGUUGCCCCGGUGAGGGAACACGGAGGGCGCCAUAGCCACGGUAGUCGUGGCGACCAGGAAACCCGGCAACAACAACAACAACCGCCCCGAGCGGACCCCCUCCCCCCCCCACCGACUAAUCGAGACCCUCCCAAAACCCGGCCCCGCCGCGGCCGGUGACCGGCGGCUCCACCCGGCCCCGGAGCGUCGGACCCUGAAGCGAAGCGGCCUCCGCGGGGCUCCGGGACCGGGCCGCGGGGAGGGACCGUUCAGGAAGCAAAAAAAAAAAAAGCCUUAUUUAUUAUCAUUUUCCCCACUGUUGGCAUGGCAACACAGGCGUACGUUACGGAAUUACAGGCAGCUCAGCAACAGUCACAACAGCAACAGGCGCAGCAACAGUCGGCGGCGACGGCGACAACAGCGGCACCAGCAGCAGCCCAGCAACAGUAUGUAGCGGAAUUGCAAAGCACGCAGCAACAACCAGCCGCUCAGAAACAGUAUGUCUCGGAAAUCCAGGCCCCACAGCCGCAGGCUCAGGCCACGGGCCAGCAAACACCAACACCAGCCCCGCAGCAGUAUAUCAUAGUCACGGUGUCCGAAGGUGCCAUGAGACCCAGUGACUCCGUCUCCGAGUCCAGCCCGGGCUCGACGGCCACACAGUCUGGGGUGCCAACACAGGUGGUGCAGCAAGUCCAGGCCACACAGCAGAGGCUGUUGGUUCAAGCCAGUGUGCAGGCUAAGCCACCUUCGGUAUCCCCCCUCCAGCUAACAGGUGUUCAAGUGCCCCAGCAGCGGCUGGUGGUGCAGAGUACUUCCCAGGCUAGCAAAGGAAGCCAAGUCUCGGUGGCCGUGCACAGUGUUCAGCAGCAGGUCCAUUCUCCACCGGAGCACUCCCCUGUCCAGAGCAACAGCUCCACCGCCAAACCAGGACAAGUGCAGCAGCUUCAGGUGCAUGGAGUCCAGCAAGUGCCCGUCUCGCAAGAGCGCUCAGUCGUGCAGACCACCCCCCAGGCCCCGAAAUCGGGCACAGUACAACAGCUGACGGUGCAAGGACUCCAGCAGGUUCACGUCACUCAAGAGCAAAAGGUGGUGAUUGAGCAGCUGCCGUUCCUCUCCUCUCAUCACGCCAGUCCCGACCAGAGAGUCAAGAUUCAGAGAGUCCCUCAGGUGCUAGUGUUUGGGACAGCAGCUACAGCUCUUAAAGUGCAGCAGCUGCAGCAGGUGCCCGUCCAGCAUGUCUAUCCCAACCAGGUGCAGUACGUGGAAGGAGGCGACGCCAGUUACACAGCGAGCACCAUACGUUCCAGCACUUACCCGUACACAGAGACCCCUCUCUAUACACAGAACACAGGAGCUAAUUACUAUGAAUCGCAAGCCACCCCGGCGCAGGUCACCACUCCUGCAACCUCCCAGACCGUGGCCAGCACUGGAUCCGUCCCUAUGUACGUCUCCGGAGGGCAGAUCAUAGCCAAUCCAAGCGGAGGAGGCGGCGGAGGCGGCGGAGGAGGUGGUGGUGGCGGAACGGGAACCUAUGUGAUUCAGGGAGGAUACAUGUUAGGAAGCUCCAGUCAGUCUUACUCCCACACCACACGUGCCUCUCCAGCAACCGUCCAGUGGCUGCUGGAUAACUACGAGACGGCCGAGGGCGUGAGCCUGCCGCGCAGCACUCUCUACUGCCAUUACCUGCUGCACUGCCAGGAGCAGAAACUGGAGCCAGUAAACGCAGCGUCUUUCGGCAAGCUGAUCCGAUCCGUGUUUAUGGGACUCCGCACCCGCAGGCUUGGCACACGAGGGAACUCCAAGUACCACUACUACGGCCUCCGCAUCAAAGCCAACUCGCCACUGCUGCGCCUGAUGGAGGAUCAGCAGCACCUGGCCAUGAGGCAGCAGCCCUUCUCCCAGAAGCAAAGACUCAAGCCCAUUCAGAAGAUGGAGGGGAUGACCAACGGGGCGGCGGUGGGCCAGCAGCCGGGCUCCGGGCUGUCUGACAUCAGUGCUCAAGUGCAGCAGUAUCAGCAGUUCCUGGAUGCGUCACGGACCCUCUCCGAGUUCUCUGAGAUAGACCUACAAGGGAAACCUCUGCCUGAUGGCAUCGGGGCAGAGGAUGUGAAGGCCUUCCAGCUGCUCUACCGAGAGCAUUGUGAGGCCAUUGUGGACGUGAUGAUAAACCUGCAGUUCACUCUGGUGGAGACCUUAUGGAAGACCUUCUGGAGGUACAACUUGAACCAGCCCAGUGAAGCCACCCCCAUAGCAGUUCACGAUGAAGCAGAGAAGCGUCUCCCAAAGAACUGCCUGGUGAUACUGUCCAAAUACGAACCUGUCCUGAAAUGGACAAAGGACUGUGACAACAUGCUGUACCAGGGGCUGGUGGAGAUCCUCAUCCCCGACGUUCUCCGGCCCAUUCCCAGUGCCUUGACGCAAGCGAUCCGAAAUUUCGCCAAGAGUUUGGAAAGCUGGUUAACCAACGCAAUGAUGAAUAUUCCUGAAGAGAUGGUCCGAGUGAAGGUGGCAGCAGCAAGUGCCUUUGCCCAGACUCUGCGGCGAUACACCUCCCUGAACCACCUCGCCCAGGCUGCCCGGGCUGUAUUACAGAAUACGGCCCAGAUCAACCAGAUGCUGAGCGACCUCAAUCGGGUGGACUUUGCAAACGUCCAGGAGCAGGCCUCGUGGGUGUGCCGCUGUGAGGACCGCGUGGUGCAGCGCCUGGAGCAGGAUUUCAAGCUGACCCUGCAGCAGCAGAACUCCCUGGAGCAGUGGGCGGUGUGGCUGGACGGGGUGGUCACCCAGGUCCUCAAGCCCCACCAGGGCAGCUCCAGCUUCCCCAAGGCCGCCAAGCUUUUCCUCCUCAAGUGGUCCUUCUACAGCUCCAUGGUAAUCCGGGAUCUGACCCUGAGGAGCGCCGCCAGCUUCGGCUCCUUUCAUCUCAUCCGGCUCCUCUACGACGAGUACAUGUACUAUCUGAUAGAGCACCGAGUGGCCCAGGCCAAGGGAGAGACCCCCAUCGCUGUCAUGGGAGAGUUUGCUAACCUGACGAGCUCCUUGAAUUCUCUGGACGCAGACAAAGAUGAGGAGGAGGAGGAAGAGGAGGAGAGCGACGACGAGAUGCAGCAGGAGAUUUCCCUCAACUCCAAUGACUCCAGCAGCCUGACAGCCGAGCCCCUGGAGCCCCCCUCCAAGCUCUCACGGACGGACUCCAGGGGGAUCUUUGUGCAAGCCCUGCCUUCCAGCUAGAGGCCAGAGAGACGCCUGCGUGGGCCUGGAGUCAGAACCGCCCAGCCAGAGCCGAGUCCUGUGUCCAGUUCCUCCCGGCUGCUGCCUAGUGAUAAAGAUGAGCUAUUCCCUGUCUCCGAGUGGUAUGCAAAGCGCUUUCAUUUCCGCCCCCCUCCCCAGCACGGGUGCUUUGUGGGCAGCGGAAGGCUUGUGCAGUGAGUGCCCCGUUAUGGGGGAGGCGAAGCAAGAUACCAUUGAACACCACUACGCCCCUCGCCCCCGCUCCGACCCCACGGGCCGGGUGGCUCCUGCAGGGCUGCUUUCCUGCCAUGUGGGGGGCAGCUCCCCCCCCAGCCGGGCACAGGGCUGCUAGCCGCCAGCUUCGCUGCUUUUUACUUUCCCGAGAUGCAGCUCCUGCCCUUUCCCAGAUCUGGCAGAGAGCAUCAUGGGACUUCUGAACAGGAGGCAAGUACCUGUCUCCACCCCCCGCUGGCCACAGGCUCCCCUCACCUGCCAGCCCCUCCUAGCUGUCAGAGCCGCGGUCCAGCGGGACGAUUCACUUGGACUCUCACCCAGGCAGCGAUUGGACCAGCUCCCCUGUCUACACGGGAGCCAGUCCCUUUUGAACCACCCCCAUGAGAAGGCACCAAGCCAAGCAGAGUCCUCCCGCCGGCAAACUCCUUGCACAGCCGGCCCGCUCCCAGCUUCCCCCCGCCAGGACGGUACGGCAAGCCAGCGCCAAUGGGCGGGCAGUGGCUCAGCGAGAGCAGGUGUAGCGUCCUUUAGAGGCUUUUCCUGGGGCCAGCAGGGACCAGAGCUGCACAAUCAAAGGGACAUGGCCCCUUGUUUUUAGUGGCUAAGGGACUCGUGCAGGGGAGCCCCCAGCGGGGCUUGUGGGGGCUGGCUAUGCUAGCCCCUGGCUGACAUCCGAGGUCAUUUAUAAAUGGCAAAGGCACAGUGGCCCGCUCUGUGUCACCAGAGCGCUCAGCCGCCCCGGGGAAGGCUCCAGGGCCCAGCCCCUUCGCUCCCCGCACUGCUCAGCGCUGCCCUGUCCCACCCGCCGGCCUGCACGGGGCUGAAAUCAGGAGUUCCGGGUCAGCUCCAGCCUGGGGGGCGGGUCCUGCUCUGUGCAGCCUCAGGGGUCGCUCGCCAUACAGGGGACGUGCAGCAGAACCCACGUGCCUUAGGGAAUAUGCAUUUGUUGUGCCAUACGCUUCAGCUGCCGGAGAAGCCCCGGGCAGGAGGCUCCGGAGAGAACAGGCUGGGGCGGGGGAGAUGGAUGGGGGCUGAGCGGAUGUUUCUCCUCUCGGCCGCAGUGGGGGAUUACAUCACAGAACCAGUGGAACUGGCAAAGCCACAGCCAGAAGACCAGCGGCGUCUCUUAGUGGGUGAGAGCAGGAGCCGUGGCAAAGCCGCCCUGGCAGCGAUCAUAUCUGGGAUCACUGAGUCUGUCGCAGCCCCCUGGAGAGUUACGUCCCCCUCCCCCCAACACAAUCCCUCGCGGCUUGGUUCCCCCCUCCCGCACAUCACGCUGCCCCUGGGUCCUGCUGGUUCCAGGAAGGGGGGCGGGGAAUCUCCCUCCCCCCGGCCUAGUUCAUUCCUGGUCUUGGAUCUCUUCUCUCUCUCGUGUAUUUUCUCCCCUCUUGGGGUUGGGAUCUCAGCCCUCAACAUUCCCAUCCUCACACAGAAGCUGUUCUCCCAGCGGCUCUGCUUAAACCCUCCCUGGUCGAGCCAGGGAGCUCUGGCUGCUCGUGUGAACAGCUGUCUGAGAUCCCGUCUCAGUCUGGGGCUCCCGCUCGCUGUGUCUUCCCAGCCGGCAGGAAUAGGCGUCUCCAGAGAGCAGAGCUGUUUCACGGGCAGUUCUUCGGUCCCAGAGCCUCUGGCUACGUGCAGUGCAGCCCUAGUGCUCGUGCCCUGUCUGCACUCUGCCCACAGUCCUGGCUCUGCUACAUCAUCCCGCAAAGGGGCUGGGUCUCUGCUUCGCACUCCAGUGGCCACGAGACACAGAGACCUUCUCCCCCAGCCCUCCCCACAGGGAUCCCCUGGCCAGUCUAGCUGCUCUCAGCUCUCCCUCCUGGCCUGCAUGUGCCAGGCAGGGCAGAGCGAUGGCCAGCCCCAGGGAGGGGCCUCCCGGCUCUGCCCCUGCUAGUGCUGCUGGGCUGGCAGCUGGCAGCUCCCUACGCUUGGCCAGUGCUCCCAGUAAGACAUACUGGGGGCCUCUUAGCGUCUCUUCCACAGCACCCCCUUGCGCACCCUCCCAGGACGCUCUGAUUUUGGUCAGGCAGCCGGCCCAGCCUUUCCUAGUCCCCUUUCUGCUGGGGCCCUGACAUCCCGGGGGCCAGACCUAGGCGAACAGGCCAAGACAAGCACUCUCGCUGGGGCAGCCUGCCAUGCUGACAGCAAGCCCCACGGGCAGCGGGAGCAUUGAGCUCCGCUCAGGCUGUAGGACAUGGGGCUCAGGCAAGAGCCGGGCUGUAAUGAAGGGAGGGUUCUGAGCAUUGCAGGCUGGAGGGGCAGUUCAGAAUGUCUGAACCCCCAUGCUGGGGGCUUCCUGGUAAUCAUAUUCAUCCCCAGAUCUUGACUUACCCCCUGACCUCUCCCCCCAAGAUUGUAAGAUGACCCCUGCCAACCACCAGCCCAGCACUGCCAGAGCAGACAGGGCAAAGCGGGUGAGUGAAUCCGGACAGGGCACCCACCAGGUCUCAGCUGGGUAGGCCGGAGUGAGGCUAUGGCAGGGUGCAGCGUUCUCCAGCGGGUACGGGGGCUUCGGCUGCUGGGGCGGAUACAAGCCAUCCCUCGCUCUCCCCCAGCCAGUCAGAGGGAGGGGCUGGGUUCUGGAAUAAGGGAAGUUUCCCUACACCCCCACCCCGGGCUCCUCUCACCCUGCUCCCUCAUGGCUCCCAGGAGUCCAACCCUACAGGCCCUUUCCGGAGAUUGCACAGACCAGAGCGCCCCCUGCUGUCCUGCCUGCACAGCUCGGCGCACAGGACGUACCUAGCUAGCAGAAUGCAGCCGGUUCUCUGCCCUUGUCCCCGCUCCAGGUCCAGGCUCCGUGUUCCCCUGCGGGGCUGGUUUUAUUGGCAGGGCAGGUGGCUCCAGGGACCCACUCCUUGUUCAAGUGCAAUUCCAGCUGGGUGCUGCACGGCUUUCGGCCAGGGCUCUUCCAUGACCUGCCCCGGGGGCCCACGCAGACCCAGCCCCUCCCCUGCCUGCUGGAGGUGCUGAGUGUGCUCGCUGUCUCCAAGGCGGGGCCCUAACCAGGUGCCAAAUCCCCCCCCAAUAUGGGCUGACCCCCCACAGCAGUUGAUUUGCUGAGAACUGCCCCAGGCUGUAGCUCCCAGGGCAAGGCCCAUUCACGCCCCCUAGUGGAGAGAAUCAGGCAAACUGCAGUCAACACCCAUUCUGCCGGCCACCAGCCCCCCCUCAGUUAGAGGCUAGCCAGUUUCCAUUGUUGCAUGGUUCCAGGCCGCCCCCGCCGCGUCUCACAGCAAAGGGCCCUUGCUUUGCAAACACCUUGUUGCCGCUUGUCUGCGCCUUCUACAGCUUCCCCCUCCGCUAGCAAAGUGUCCCCAUGUUUCCUAUUGCAAACCCCGCAAGAGGUGACUCGGCUAAUGUCAACACAGAGUUCUCACGCCCACCUGGGUCGCUGACUGCCACAGGCCCGAGCUCAGAGCCACUGAGAGCUUUAGAGCAGCCCAGGGGCCAGCGAAGACCUAUUUCAUACCCCAUCAGGGGCUAGAGAAACGUACACCAGCGCUGGCAGCCCUGGGCCAGCACAUGGAAGGAGGCAGCAGCCACCAAAAACUUCAAGAAAUAGGUAGUUUCACUUGGUUAGCUUCCAGCGAAGCGGUAGGGCUACAUGAGCGUAGCUGCGCCCACCCCCUACGAACCUCCUCUGCAGUUUAGCUCCCACCCUGGCUUUGGCUUUAGGAACGUUCAAGUCCUGUCCAGUCACGUUGCCAUUCAGACUUAUGGCAUGACCCCGCCGCUGCACCCCCACAGAGCAGGACGGCCAGACACACGAUCUUGCCUUUCUUUUGAGUUGCUGCCUUAUAAAAAUACCCUCUGCCCAACCCAUGAGAGAUGCCCUCUGCUCGGGCAGCUUCUGGUCUGGCUGUGACACAAUUCAGUCAGUGGGCGGCACUGGGAUCGUGCUUAGCCCCUGGCUUUGCUCUCAGAGAACAGCAAAAUUCUCCUUGGCGUCCCUCCUCUACGCUAGUAACCAAGAGCCCAUCAGUCAGUCUCGGCUACUCUCUGCUCUCCAGAAACCAAGCUCGACUCUACCGGUUUGUAAUUGAAUAUUAGAUAUUCUAGUUUUAAAGAGGAAAAGAAAUCUGUGCUUUUGUAUGUAAUGACUAAUCCUUACUCUAUAAACCACUUCAAUAUUGUGAGAUUGGUGAAGCUAUAAAUUACUUGAUAUUUUUGGGUUUUUUCAACCAUCAUGGCCUUAUUUGUUCACUUUUUCCAGUGGUUUAAACCUGUGAGAUAGAUGUUUAUUGCAAAAAUCUACAUAUUGUAUAAAAUAUAUAUUUUGUGUCAAUCUUCUGUGCAGCAGCUGUGGGCUGCAGCCUUCACGUGGAGUGUGAAGAGCUUUUGUAGGUGUCCCGGCCCAGGAGAUGGGCCGUGCCUGUGAUCGGAUGAUGUAGACGUGUGUAGUCUAGAGUGCAAACGCUGUUUUCUACCUUUUGUAGUUCUUUCUUAAGAGAAAUAAAUUCAGCCGUGUUCUUUG